AAGGAAUACGUGAUUAUGGGAAAAUCUCCGUGAGAAAGUGUUUUCUUUUAUUUUAGGGUAAUAUUUGCAGAAGUGGGUGUGAUAUGUGAUUGAAUUCGGUGAAAUUACUGUGAAAGCUGGGCGCCACAGCAGUUAAGGAAAAUCGAUCCAUUUGAUGUGUAUGUUCGUAGAAGAAAAGUUAGUGUUUUUUUUUCUCAUCCAAAUGCUGCUUGCACAGCAGGUGGAGAAGAAAUUAGGUUAACGUGAAAAAGCCAUAUUUUCUACACUAUUUAGGAAAAUAUCGGCUCAGUGGACCGUAUUAAGGAAUAUAAAAGGCAACUAAAGCGUCAUACGCCCUGCAAAGAAGAAAAAAUCGUAGAAUAAUUAUGCGUCAGCGAUCUGUGCAUAUUUUCCCAUCGUCCAGUAUUGUGAAAUACGGUAAUAAUGAAAAUAUCGAAAUAAAUAGUGCAUUUGGUGCAUUUUAAGUGAAAUGCUUCACGUGAUGCUGAAAAUGUGAUCUUUAAAUCGCAUAUCUGAGGUGAAAAAAAAUUGGUGCGCUGUAGCCAUAAUAAUGAAAAAUGUAAUUUGUCAUAAAUUAUAAAAAGUGAGAAAUAGAUGAUCUGAGGAAUUUUCUUCGGGUUUCUGACUGCCAACGUUAACAACAACACAACAACAGAUCUACAAGUAUUAACAAACGGAAGCCAUUGCUUAUUUACUGCUGAUUCAUCCAUUAUAUCUUUGCCGGAGGUGAUUUGUUUUCGAAGAAACCAUCAGUGAAAGCGGAUACUCGAAUAUAGGAAAGAAAAAAACUGUUGAUUUAGAUUAAAGACGAACACAUCCAAGCGGACUGCAACUAUACCACUAGCCAAAUCCGAUUAGUAAUAUCCGGCAAACGCCCAAUCCGUAAAAUUCCGACAAAAUGCACGCAGUUGGCAUACACUCGGCCCUGGCCAUCAAGCGGCAGCGAAAGCGGCGGGACAAUCAGCGCAAAGCCCGCGAACGGCGCUACAGUAUACAGAGCUCGGAAAGUGGCGACACGCAUUCGCCACAUGGCUCCACCCGCCGGAAGUUUCAUCCACAUCAGGUGCACGCCACCGACAACAACAAUUUGCUAGAUACGAAAGUAGUCACAAGUAUUGGUAUGCUACACAUAGGUGUAGUGUUCCUAGUGUUCGGAAUCUUUUUACUAGGAGCUGGAUUUUUUCCAGAUAAUCUAUCAAAUCAAGCUUCACAAUCGUGGCAUUUACUGGGAAAAGGAUCCUGGUGGAACGAACUAGUAUGCACUGGACUGUUCGCCGUUGGUCUCGGCAUCUUUCUAAUCAUAUUAAACUGUGUGAUAAGCAGUAGAGAGGAGCAGGACCUCGAAAGUUACGUUCAGCGACAGCUAACUCGAUCGAGAUCCGGUCAUCGCCUGGAGCGCGACGUCGAGACGGGCGGUCUCACGACUCGUCAUCAUCGCAAAGCCAUGCAAAUACAGAAGGGAGCCGCCGAGAGAGGUCUCGACGAUCUGUCCAACUCCAAUAUACUGCUGACGCCAACCAGCAGCGAGGUGGUGACACCGACGACUCCAUCCGGAGUGCUCGGAGCAUCGGGAGAAAUUUUAUUGGAAAAAAUCCUCGAAGAGGACAGCAGCUACGGCGACCCGGACUACUACACGCGAAACGUUGGCCAGUCACCGCCCGGGCUGGACAACGACAAGAAGCUGCUGCUGGGUAAUGGCCACACCGGCGCCAUACAUAUGACCGAUAUUUAAUUCUUCGGUGUACCACCACCCACCCAUUAUUAACCCAUCGCUGUCGUCAUCAUCGUCACCCACAGCAGCAGUUCUGAAAAUGAUGUCACCGUCAUCAUCGGCCAUUACAACACAUCGUAAUAAGCAUCGUAAGUAGCACCAGCAGCAACAGCGCAAAUAUGAUGGCAGAAGAGCCGAACACCAUGUGGGCAAAGUGCGCUACAUGCUUGCUCCAAUCCCAAUCUUCUACAAUAUAUAGGAAUAUUUUUUUCUAUAUCGAGUUAGAUAUUAAUCAGAAACACUCCAACAGUUCAAAUACGUGGAAAUAUAUGAAAAGGAAAAAGAAGAAGAAACUGGUGUAACAGAAACUAAUAAUUCAAUCCAUUAGCUGUCCAUAAAAUCAUACACGGACGACUGAACGACAAUCGACAGACGUGACUAUAUAUUAGUUUCCACUAAAUGGGACGACGAGGACACAGAAACAGAACAUAGUGGGUGACCCCCGUACUAGUCGACUCCGCCUAUAGACGGGGUACUGGUUUGAAUAUUUAAUUGAACGCAAUUCAGAAAGUUUUUGUUAUUGAAUUGAGAUUUGAUAGAAAUCAAUGCUUUCUAAGAAUGGUGUUCAAAUUCAAACUAUUAAAGCCUGUCCACGUUAAAUUUCGGACACCAAUCUUAUAAUGCGAUUUUUGAAAAAAUUUCCCAAACCGCUGAGACGAUCAAUUUACAUGACAGAUGAAUCUGUCUGCUUUAUGUGCUGCUUUCAGCAUGUUUUAAACACACCCAAAUUGAUGAA